AUGUGCACCGAAUUCCUCACUCAUAACAGAUCCACCAUGUGCGUCCAUUUAUUUUUUGCUAAAAUCGGAUGGUUCGGUGUAAUAUGGACACGGAAUUCUUAUCCUCCGAUGUUUCUAUCGAUUCCCUAUAAGUCUGGAAAAUAUCGUACCCCAAUGGUAUGUAAUGGAAUUGCAAUCCCGUUGAGCAUAUCAUUGAAAUACUUUACUGACGAUUUACGAUUCCAUACUUGGGUUUCUGAAGAAUUGGUAAAAGGAGUUAGAUUAACGAUAGAGACAAGGUCACAGGAGUUUGAUUAUCGCAAGAGACAUGUUACAUAG